AUGAGUACCGCAAAGGAUAGCUGGCGUACGAUAUGGCUGCGUGGCGGUCGGAUAUCGGAAGUAGCUUGGAUCAGCCAGGACGCCCUGGCUUGGUGUUCGGGCAUCCAUCUCGUCUUCUUCGACUUGCCCACGAAAAAAUUGCUACUACCCAGGUUUUCUUACGAUAUCGGUGCUGCUGGCGCCUCCUGCCUGUCCGGGCAUCCAAGGUACGCUUUGACAUACAGUCAUAAAAUAUUUGCAUUCGCCGAAAAACAUUUGAAGCCACGGAUAUUUGUGUAUACAUAUCCAUCAAUGAUAAGACUAUGCGAAUGUGUCAAAGGUACAAAUUAUGCUUAUUUAGCGACAGCGUUUGUUGGAGAUUUUUUGGUCUCGCUCGGUUCCAGAUCAGAUUUCAAGUUAACUAUUUGGUUGUGGAGAACUGGCGAAAAAAUCAUUAAUGUUAAUACAUUUAUAUAUGAUGCAGAAAACUACAGUCAAUCUUUAAAAAUUAAUUCAUUACUGCCAUCAUUUAUAGCUCAGGAUGUCCUAGCUAUUGUUGAUAAUUGUGGAUGUAUUUAUCUUAGUAAUGCCAUUGGUAGUGAAAUCAAAUGUAUUGUAUUAUCAAAACACUGUAAUAUUAAUUCUGAAAUUGUAGCCACCAACAUUUGUUGGUACUCGGAUGGAAUUAUACUGUGUACAACAAUUGGCCAAAUGAACUAUUAUAAAAAAAAUGCUAAUUGGUCUGAAGUUUGGAGUAUAAAAUGCGUGACUUGUCCCUUGGUAUUGACUUCUCAUCCCAUGAAGAACGAUAGACUCUUCUUUAUUACGAUAAACGGUCAUAUAGUGCAAAUAAACUGUUCAGAAAACGAUUCAGUACCUCAACAAAAUGUAAUACAUUUUCUUCGUGGAAAAUAUUUAUUUGUUGAUUUUUUAGAACCAUUGGAAGAAUAUAUUGUUGCAAUCGAUACUACCAAGGAAUUUUCAGUUAUUGAAAUUAAUAAAGGCAUUGAAAUCACUUCCAUUAAAUUAAAUAUUGAGGGAAAUAUUACAGUUAUGUUACCAAAUCCUAAAUAUCCGUUAGUAGCAAUUUGUACCAGUAAAGGUGAAAUAGUCUUUGUUAGUUGUUUGUAUUAUUAUAAUCCAAAAAUUCUUGGAGAAUAUAUAUUACAAAUGGAAAUAUUGGAUUUAAUGAAAUUUUCAAGCUCUGGAAGAUAUUUGGUAGUUUGCCAGAAAACUAAAGGAAUUUGUUAUCUAUUAAUACUAUCUAGUGCAAAUUCUUUGCAAAUACAUGCUCGAUUAGACACAAAUAUAAAAAUACUUGAUAUCAUGUUAUUUGAAAUAAAGAAUAAUUUGAAAUUAUAUAUACUUGAAGGACUAUCCACUAAUUCAAUUAGUCAUCAACUACUACUUUAUGAACUUGAUAGCUCUAGCAACACAUUCAAAAAGAAAUCUAAUAUGUUUGUGGGAACACCUUAUGUUACAAAACAACUAAGAUUUUUUACAAUUAAUGAUAUGAAAGAGAUAAUAUGUUUCGAUAUUCAACCCAGUGGGCAUAAGAUUCGGCAAGCAAAGUUGUUUUACAAUCGAAACUGGUUAAUCACAAGUGCUUUAGAUGGAUUAAUUAUUAUAAGAAAAUCUAAUCCAAAAAUUAGUAAAAAUAAACAUAUCAUUAUUCAUCAUAGACAUGAUAUCAGUAUUGCAAAGGCUACAAUUAAUUCUACUGGCGAUUUAUUAAUCACACUUGGCGUUGAUGGAUCUAUCAUUGCUAUGAAAUGUAUUCGAUCGGACAAUGUGCUUCCGGAAGAUAAUAUAUUCAAAAGUUUUUAUGAGUUACUUUGCGUGAAUUCUGAAGAUCAUAAAAAUAAUGUAAUGAUAUAUAUGAAUAUGUUGAAUAAGAAAGAGAUUGAAUUUUUAUCUGAAAAUUUACCUACUUAUAUUGAUUCUGAAGAAGGAAAUAUGUCGUGGAAUGAAUGGAAACAGAAACAGAAUAAUCAAAUAGAAGAAAAACAGUUUAUGGCAGAUAAAGGAAUAGUACUAACUAAAUUAAAAGAUUUAAAGAGUAAAAUCAACGAUUUGAUAAAUAAAAACGAAGUUUCUUCGGAACUUGAAAAACUGCCAAUGUCAGCAUUCGCUUUAAAUAAAACUUUUUAUGAAAGAUACAUAAAAUCAGCAAAAGAUAAGCGCGAAGAAAUAAGAUGUGAAACUGAAUUAAAUUGUCUCGAAAUGGAACGAGUUACUAAUUGGAUUUUAAACAAAUUCUGGAAAUCUCAAAGAAUUUUGAGUCAAUCAAUUUUUAGUAUAUUUGAUACAACAGAAAUCUCAAAUUAUACUAUUUCUAUAGAACAAUCUAAAUUGCUAAAUAAUUUUGAACAUGCUCAAUUCACAAAAAAUGUAUUUAAAGAAUUCAUGAAUGAUCAAACAAUUUAUCCAUGGGAAACUUACACAGCUUCUGAAAUAAAUUUAAUAUAUAACAAACAAUUAAGAGUUGAAAAAACUGAUGAGAUUAGCGUUCUGAUAAGGGAUAGCAUUUUUGAAUAUGAUGAUGAGCCGGAAACAAUCGAAGAUUCUAACUAUCAAUUACUCGAAGGUGUGUCAACUUAUAACUUUCUUCAACAAUCCACUUCCGCUUAUUCGCAAUUCAAAACUUAUUCAUUUAGUCAACUUCAAAGCAAUUAUAUACACAAUAUCAAUUAUAGUGCAAAACUUCGUUUCUAUUUCAAUAAAUUAUUUGACGAAAUGUACAUUGUGAAGCAGCGGGAAAUGAAUUUAGUUAGCGAGCGUAUCAACCGUAUCCACCAUAUAUGUUCUGAACUUCAGCUUAUGUUCAAUAUAGUGUUUGAUAAUACAAUUAAAUGUCCGGAAUGGAAUAUCAAAGAAAAUCCAAAAACAAUAAUUGAAAUUACAGAAAAUGAAAUGUCAGUAAAACCUUACAUAUCUCCAUCUAUACAAGAACUCUAUAACAAACAAGCCAUGGAACAAGAGAACGCAAGACUGGCAAUGCUCGCGGACGAUUUUCGUGAACGGGCCAUACAGACGAUGAUGGACGGGAUGCUGGAGAUUCGUUGGGAGGAUCUCAUCAAGAAUGAUCCACCAAAGCCUAUGUGCUUGGUACGCGGUAAAAGAGUGGAGGAUUACACUGACGAAGAUAAUCUUAUGAUGAAGCGGUACGAACAGAGCAUGAAGAAUAUCGAAAUCGAACGAGAGAAGUACCGAAAACAACUACAGAUUAAUUAUGUAAAUAUUCAUAAGGAUAUUAACAAAGGGGUAGAGAAAUUCAAUUCAAGAUUGGAAGAAACAAACUUGUUAAAAAUGAAAAUAGAAUCAGCAAUACAGCAACUUAAUCUACAUUAUGUAAGAGGCUUGAAAAAGCACUUUAAUUUCGUUAAAAGUUUACAAGAAAAUGACAAAAUAAAAAAGACAAUGAUAGAAACCUAUCAAUCAAUUUCAAGAAUAUCGCAUGAAAUGAAUAUAAUUGAAGCAGUCAAUACUGAACUGUAUAAUAAAUAUGAUACCUUAAUAGCUAAGGAUAAGUACAUGGAAAAGAAAUUCAAAAAUGAUUUUCCCACUCUUGGAAAUAAUGCUAUUGCUACCAUAUUUGUACAAUACAAAAAAAGACCACGAACUAUUUUGAAAAGUGUAUCUAAUUUUGAAAUACUUGACCUUGGAAAAUCAAUUGUUUCUAUGAGACCUCUUUCCUAUUUAACGCCAGAAUGUUUAGAGUAUUUUAAACAAGUUGCAAUUCUGGAUAAUCGACCUAAAAAUCUACCAUCUUCUAUCGAUUCUACAGAUUGGAAAAACGUUAUUGCUCUCAGGCGGUUAAAGAUCGAUCAUGAACUCAAAUUGUGCGCAAUAGAGAUCUGCUUGAAGAAGGCGGCCGAGGUUUUGAAGAAAUAUAACCAAAAAGUUAGCAACUUCAAGCUCGAGAUUGAGUCGAUGAAAGAGCAACAAAAGCAAAUGCGUAUGGAGCGUAUCGAAUGCGAGCUCAACACCGAGGUGCAGCUGGUUAUUAAAAUGGGUCAAGUAGAAACUACGGGGUUUUGCGGCGACAUCACCGAAGACUUCACUGGGGUAAUCGUCAUUCCUCGAGUGGUUGUCGAGAGGAUCAAUGAAGCAAUACUCGCUGCCGGCAAAGCCAAGCUAAGCACGAUUAGACGAAAUCUCAACUUCAAACACGUCAUCGAAGAAGAACAGUGGAACUAUGACUGCUUGAGGUCGAAAGUGAGGCAUCUACAGGAGAAUCUCUACUUCGUGAAGACUGCCCAUAUCACACGAGAUAUUCGGGAUUUCCUUACGAGGCGCUCAAAAAAGUUAAAUACAAGUAAGACGCCACAGAAACUGAAGAAGGAAAUCGAAAUGAUGGCCAAGAAUUAUGAAAAGAUCGUGAAAGAUUAUGAAGAAAAGCUGAAAAAUACUUCUGAGGAGGUGCUGCGGGUUCAAAAGAAUAAUGAAAAACUGGACGAAAAGAUCACGAGGAUGAAUGUUCGAAGAUGUGAAAUGGAAUUAAAAAGAGAUAUUGAGAGUGAGAUGAGACAUAAGGAUUUUCGACAAAAGAUCGUUCGACUGACUGCCCAACGAUCGGCACUUGUCAAAAAGCUUUUGGAGAAUUAUGAAGAAUUAAUGGAGAUUCGAAAGAGAAGGGAAAUUCCAAUUUGCACUGAACGUUUACCAAUACGACAAAUUCCUAAAUUUUUAAAUGACAAAAAGGAUAACUCUUCUAUUAAUUCGUGA